AUGCGCCUUUUGAUCCUAUUACCUCUGUUGGCUGUGGCCACUGCUCAUGUCGAGCAUUUUGAGAAGAGAUCUCAACCAGGUGUCUCCCAUCCCGACCCUGCUAACCUCCGUCCCUUAGAGUGGGGUGAAUUGAAUGUCAUAUCUACCACUGAUACUCACGGUUGGUUGGCUGGUCAUGUCAAGGAGAACUCUUACUCUGCAGACUUUGGUGACUUUGCCUCAUUCUUGUCGCACAUGCGCGAACAGGCCUAUUAUCGCCGCAAGGACCUGUUGGUAGUGGAUUCAGGAGAUUUGCAUGAUGGUAACGGCCUGGCGGAUGCUACACCUGUCAACGGUCAGAUCUCGAACCCUAUUUUCCAAAAGAUUAACUACGAUGCUUUGGCAAUUGGUAACCACGAGAUGUACGAAAAUGAUGUGGCGGAAAACGUGUUUCGCAACUUUGCACCUAAAUGGGGCAAGAAGUACUUGACCUCCAAUGUCUUUUUUAAGGAUUCCCAUUCAAACAAGACUGUUCCCUUUGGGAACCUUUACAACAAGUUCCGCAUGAGGUUUGGAACCCGCGUGAUGAGCUAUGGUUUCCUCUACAAUUUCAAAGGUGGAGCCAACAACACAGUAGUCGAGCCCGCCAACGUCACUGUGACUCUCCCAUGGUUCCAAAAGUCAUUAAAAGAGGAUGUGGAUGUAUACCUUGUGGUUGGACAUGUUCCCGUCCGUUGGUCGGAGGCUCAGACAGUUGUCAAGGCUAUCCGUGCUGUUCAUCCUUCCAAGCCUAUUCUUGUCUUUGGGGGUCACUUACACAUUCGUGAUUUUACUUCGUACGAUGGCCGUGCUUAUGGCCUCUCUGCAGGUCGUUUCAUGGAGACUCUUGGUUGGAUGUCCAGCAAUUGCAUUGGCAAGAACUUGACUGUUUCCCGCCGUUACCUUGAUACCAACGUUCAUACCUACAAGACCCAUUCGCUUGCUCAUCCGAGGCAGCGCUUUGAUACGUGGAGAGGUCGCAAGAUCAGCAGUGAGGUGACCAAGCAGCGCAAGGCCCUUGGUCUGACAAAAGUUUUAGGAUGCGCUCCUCAGGACUAUUAUCUGAACCGCUACCCUUACACCGACAGCCGCUCGCUUUUGAAUCUAGUCGUGAACGAUAUCCUACCCUUCUCCGUCACUGAUAAGAAGCGUCCUUACCCUAGUGUGAUCAUCAUCAACUCUGGUAGCCAACGCUUUGAUGUUUUCAAGGGAGAAUUCACUGUUGAUGAUACCUAUAUUGUCUCGCCUUUUUAUAAUGACUUUGUUUAUACAACGGUUCCAUAUAAGGUUGCAAAGAACGUUUUGAAUGCGUUGAACAAAGCUCCCUUCCAGAAGCGUGCUGAUGAUCCUUUUGGUAUCCCUGCUCUUGGCGAUAACAACUCAACUUUAACUCCCGGUUAUGUGACUAAGGAUGAUUAUGGAUAUGGUGGCGAUGACUGGCCACACAGUGCUAUUCCCUAUGUCCCCACACCCAACUAUGUCUCUUCUCCCUUGCCCUCGGGAUUGGCGGAUGGUGACCUGGUGGACGUUGCCUGGUUGACCUACUUCUCCAACUUGGUGGGCCCUAUCCUCAAGACCUUGGACCCUGCCAAUAACUAUACUUUCCAGACAUACAAUGCUGGGAUCACUACUAAUAAUAUGUGGCCCAUCUUUGUCCAGGGUAAGUGGAGUAACUCCACUACCUGCUAA